AUGAAUUCUCGUAUCGUGAAGCAGUAUGAAGAAGCGAUUCGUGCGGUCCGCGCAAAACGCUCAGUUGACCUCAGUGAAUUGCCAUGCCCUCCCGGAUAUCCUCCGCUUCCAUCAGCCACGGCGUCUGCGAACAAAUCACCUGCAGGUCCUGAUGGUAUGUGA